AUGCCUACGCCUACCAUGCCUACCAUGCCCACCAUGGUGGGGCGGCGCAGUCGUUCUGGUAGUGGCGUUAGUCUACACGGUAGUGUUGGGGGUGGUGGUGGUGGUGGCCUACGGAGGCGGGCUGGGAGUGGUGCUAGUCGUGUCAGUGCUACUAGCGCUGGUGGACGGCGCAGUCGUGCUGGCAGCGUCGCCAGUGGUGGUGGAAGACGCAGUCGUGCUGGCAGCGUGGCCGGUACGAGUGUCGGUAGUAGUGGAAGCGAUGACAAUUGCUGUGGGUUGAUGGAUAAUGAGAAGAACAAGAAAAAUAAAGGUAAAAUUACGAUACCCGUGGGGAGGAGGAAGAGAAGCAGGAGCGUUGUCAAAGGGAAGAUGAAGCAGCAGCAGGGAGGAAGCGCGGGAGGGGGAUCGUCGUCAGAAGGUGCAAAGGAACGAGAAGAAAAAGUCAGGAAAAGCGGUGGGAGUCAUCAUCAGUUUCACCGGCUGAAGCUCUUGUUGGAGAGAGAAAGCGUGCAGCGGAAACUCAUGUUGGAGAGGGAAAUGUCUCUGCAACGGAAGAUCGAUGCGAAUCCGGACUUUUCGUACAUGACAUGA